AUUGCAAACACAGCAUACGCUCAAGCAGAAUUUGACAACCGGAAAAAGAAGUGUAGGCUCGUGAACCAUGGGGAAGCAAAGCACCCUCCUGGGCUUCUUUGCCAAAAACAGCGGGCCUGCACCUCAGACGCAGCCUGCUCAACGCUCCGCCGCCGCCGCUGCCACCACGCCCGCACGACAAACCAACAAGCAAACAUUAGCGAGCAAGGAAGGGGCAGUUAAGCCUCCCAAGAGCAGCAGUGCAUCGAAAGUGACUUCAGCUUCAGGUAAACUUCCUCCGUCUGAGAACUCCAUCCCUGAUACGCCUCCUUCAAUUACAAACCGACCUACACGUUCGUCCCCGCGGCUCAACAAGACCAAGAACGCGCCUCCAUCUCCUCCGCCCUCAUCCCCUCUCGCCAAGCGCAAAAGAAAGGAAGUUGUAGAUGGUAGUCAUGCCUCCAGCUUUUCAAAGCCCACCUCCCCGACCGAGCCCAAUCGCGAUAGCACAAGUCCCGUCGCGUCCUCGGCAGCCAAGCAAGCGCGUCAAACAUUCCAGCCUCCAGCACCCGAAAGGUCUAUUGAGAGCGCUUGUACUAGCCUCGGAGAUGAAGAUGAUGAAGACGAUGAAGACGAAAGGGUCGCAACUGGAUCUCGUCGCACGCGUAAGAGGCCCAUGAAUUAUGCAGAAUCUGGAGAGUCGGGAACAGACAGUGAUGCGUCAGACAAUUUCAAGCCACUACCCAAAGCCAAAGGGAAGAGUAAGGUAGCAGAACUUGCCACCAAGCGUCGUAAGAAGAACGGACGAUCAAGCGAUGAUGAUGAAGACUACGAGAUGCGAGACGCUUCAUCAGACGAGGAUGGCCCCAUCUCGGUUGCCGACAGUGACGAAGAUGCAGGAUCAGCGUCCGAUGCGCCAGACUCGCCCGCAAAGAAGCCCAAAGUCAAGACCAAGGCGGCGACUACAAGUGUCAAGGAGGACGUAGCCUCACCCAGGCCAGUUGCCCGUACAGUAACUCAAUCCGGAUCGAGCAGCUCCUUCUUUACAAACGCAGAAAGAAGAGCUGAAGAAGCAAAAGCAGAGAAGAAGUCUUCCGAACAGCCUUUCAGCUUCCUCCUUGAUCCUCGUGACAAAGACAAGAACCGCCCUGGAGAUCCUGACUAUGAUCCUCGCACGCUGUACAUUCCCAACUCGGCUUGGAAUUCUUUCUCUCCGUUCGAAGUGCAAUUCUGGAAGAUUAAACAAAAUCAUUUCGAUACCGUCCUUUUCUUCCAAAAGGGUAAAUUCUACGAGCUCUACGAGGACGAUGCUCUGAUUGGACAUCGCGAGUUCGACCUCAAGCUCACGGAUCGGGUUAAGAUGAAGAUGGUCGGUGUGCCCGAAUCAUCCUUCGAACUCUUUGCCGCCAAAUUCCUCGCGCUAGGCUACAAGGUAGGGCGAGUCGAUCAAGCUGAGACGGCCGUCGCCAAAGGCAUGCGCACCGGCAAGAAGAACAAGGGCGGUGACUCUGGCAUUGUCAAUCGCGAGCUUCGUCACGUACUCACCAGCGGCACUAUCGUCGAGCCGUCUGCACUCCAAGACGAUAUGAACACCUACUGCAUAUCGAUCAAGGAACAAAUCGCGGACUACGAUGCGGGUGCGGAUACCCCGACGAUUGGCAUAUGCACAUUGGAUGCAGCCACAGCCGAAUUUCGGCUAGCGCACUUUAUCGAUGAUGCCACUCGCGGCAAGCUCGAGACGCUAUUGCGGUCACUCAGGAUUAAAGAACUUCUCUACGAGAAAGGAUGCAUGUCGCAGGCAACCCUUCGCAUGAUUCGCAAUUGCGUCACGCAGUCUUGCAAGAUCACCAUGCUUAAGCCCGCCGUCGAAUUCCUCACGGCCGAAGCCGCGCAACAAAGGGUAGACGAGCUAUUUGAAGAUCCUUCACAAGUUCCAGAGGCGAUUUCUUCCAUGGCCACCUACGGAGAGGCGAUGGCUGCGCUCGGUGCCAUGCUUUACUACCUCGGAACGCUGCAGUUGGACAAGGACUUGUGCAGCAGCCGCAACUUUGACAUUUAUGACACCAUCAAGAAGAACGAGUGUCUAGCGCUUGACGCACAGAGCCUGGCCCAUCUCAAUGUCUUGAGCAAUGAGCAGGGGAACGAGGAGGGCACUCUGUUCAGGCUUCUCAAUCGCUGCCAGACUCCUUUUGGCAAGCGUCUCUUUAAAAUUUGGCUCGUUUCGCCUCUUACCAAGAUCGAUGCCAUCAACGCGCGUCUUGACGCCGUUGAGGACAUCUCGCAAGACGAUGAGUUCAGGAGCGCGUUCAGCGACUUUGCUUCCAAACUGCCCGACAUCGAACGCAUCAUCCCCCGCAUAUAUGCUGGAAAAUGCAAGCCCAGGGAGUUCCUGGCCGUUCUAAGUGCUCUCAAGCUUUUCGACAAGGGUAUGAGAGGCUUGAAGGCUAAGGCUGACAAUCAUCGGACGGGGGCCGUAAGCAGCCUGUUCAAAUCCAUCCCUUCAAUCAAGUCGCUCGUGCAGGAGGUGCAGAGCAAGUUCGAAAUCAAUGGCGACGAUCAGUCUUUCGUUCCUGCGUCAGGCGUGCACGCUGAAUUCGACAAGGCGGAAAAGGCACUCAACAAGAUUGAGGAUCAGCUCAACGAAGAGCUGACGGAAAUUACCAAGAAUCUCAACCUGAACAAGAAUAAGAUCCAAUUCAAGCACAUGGGAACGAAGGAUAUCUAUCAGAUUGAAGUGCCCCGCGCGACCAAGGUACCGGCCAACUGGAUCCUGGUUAGCCAAACAAAGGACGUCCAUCGCCACUACUCUCCUGCAGUCCGCAAGCUGGUCCAGGAACUGAAAGAGGCUCGCGAAACGCGUCUUGCGGCCUUGCGGUGCUUCAGCUUGAUUCUCUUCCAAGCCUUUUGCACACACGCGCCAGUCUUCCUGAAGGCUGUCAAAGCAGUGGCCGAGCUCGAUUGCUUGAUUAGUCUCUCGGAAGCAUCCAGGAGCAUGGGCGAGCCUGUGUGUAGGCCGACGUUCGUCGAGUCGUCCUCGGCCUCGAUAGAAUUCCAAGAGCUUCGGCACCCGUGCAUCGCAGGGACGCUGAGCACAACAGAGUUCAUUCCAAAUGAUAUUGCACUGGGUGUGGAGAAGAGCGAAGAGAUCAUGAUCUUGACGGGGGGCAACAUGGCGGGUAAAAGUACGACAGCGCGAACAGCGGCCACUGCGGUCAUCAUCGCUCAGAUCGGUUGCAUGGUCCCUGCGCAGAGCGCAACCAUUUCCCCAGUGGAUCGCAUCGCAUCACGCAUGGGCGCCAACGACCAGAUCUUCCGGAACAACAGCACAUUUAUGGUCGAGAUGCUCGAGGCGUCGAGGAUUUUGAAGGAAUCGACUCCCCGCUCGCUGGUCAUUAUGGAUGAGCUCGGACGCGGGACAUCCACGUUCGACGGCCAUGCGAUUGCGUACGCGGUCCUGCAUCAUCUCAUCAGCCGCACACGCUGCAUCGGCUUUUUCCUCACGCACUACACCUCGCUCGCCUUGGAAUUUGAUUCUUAUCUGCGCGUUGCAAACCGGCAUAUGCAAGUGCAGGUGGACGAUCAGCUACAAGAUGUCAUCUUCACUUACAAGCUCGUGCCUGGCAUCGCUGAGUCAUCUUAUGGGACACAAGUCGCCGCGCUCGCUGGCAUCCCGCGCGAGAUCUGCGAUCGUGCACAAGCAGUGGCGCUCGAGUUCGCUCAGGAUAGCAAGGCCAAGCAGGCGAAGCGCAUGCAGUCGCGCAUUUCGGUCGCCACGCUUGCAGACUUUGAGUUUUUGCUGGAAGUUGCCGUAACUGUAGCGGGAGAGGGCGAUGAGAAGGAGGGAGGCGGUGAUGGUGCUGCUAUCAUUGCUGCGCAACUUGAUAUCGUGAGGGGGCAAGUGUCUAACUUGCAGCGUAAUGACAAAGCCAGAUUGGACGUAGACGAAGGCAAGGGAGAAGCAUCGCCACUCCCUUCCUCUUCCCAGCCUGCCAGCGAGAAGGACAGCCUGCUGGCGCGGGACGAGGAAACAGACCAACGCGAAAGCUCUCCAGCGAGCUCCAUUCCGCCUGCUGAGCCCCGGGCCAAGCUACAGGAAGUGCAGAACGAUGCUGCAACAGAACUGGAAUUUAGGCCACACGCAGAGUCCCCUCCAGCAGAAGCAGCGACCUCGGAACCAACGGUGUCGGUGCCGACGCCUGCCCAGCAAAAGCAACAGAUGGUCCUCGACUUUGGACAGAGGCGCUCGGUGACGUGCGGGCAGUGCAACAUGUCGUACGACAGUUCGUCGCCAGAGGACGCCAAAAUGCACAGCUGGCACCACGCGCGCGUCGUUGAUGGCAUUGUCUGGACUGGCAAAGCAUUGUCCGGAGCAGAAGAGGCAGAUGACAAUGUUCUCACGCUGACAAUCAAGGAUCAGGAGGGCCGCAAGAGGCUGCAGGCACUCAAACCCGUCAGCGGUAGUACGGCGAGCUCUCCAUUCGACAGUGAUGAUGAGGUUGUCGUCUUGAUGUACAGUCUCGCGUCGUUUUCACCUCCGAGCGCGUCUCGGGCGGACAGCCGUAAGAGUAGUACCACCACCAUACCCAACACCGUCAUCUCCACGUCAGCUACCAACAAGUCUAGCAACGGCGCGGGCGGUGCACAGAGGAACACCAAGAUGCACGAGGUGCUGAGCACGGUGGACGAAGCGCUCGGCGCGGUAGCGCUGCCCUUGGAGAUGCUACGCUCGUGCAAGCUGUUCAUCGCCCGGUGCAGGGGCCGCGCGGUUGGCGCGUGUCUCGUGGGGCGUGUCAAGCCCGGCGCGGCGCGGGAGGUGCUUCCCCUGCGCCAGGAUCGUGCCGCAACAGCAGGAGCAGAUGUAGGAGACGAGAGCGACGACGCGGUCUUCUACGAUGGAGACAACGGCGAUGGCGACACGCCCUCAGCAGCAGCAACAGCAACCUCCGUUUCCGAUGGCAAGCCACGCGCGACGUUGUCUCCGUCGAUCGGGAUCCACCGGAUCUGGGUGAUGCGCUCGCUACGUCGCCUGGGCAUCGGCGCGCUGUUGCUGGAUGCGGCGCUGGGGAAGAGCUGCUAUGGGUUGGACGCGCACGCAGUGCUCGAGCUGCACGGCGGUGCGCGUGCGCAGGCCGUCGCGUUCAGCCAGCCGACGGCCGCGGGGCGUAGGCUGGCGGAGCGAUGGAUCCGGAGCGGGCGAGGCGCAGCGCAUCGCCAAGAAGAGCAGGGGAAGGAGCCAAGGUUGCUUGUUUUCAAAGAAGAUUGA